CAUUAAGGUCUGGCUGCGCUGAGCUGUUCUGGCACCGCGCUGUCCCGAACUCUCCUCUAGCCUGUAUUGUGUCACUUAGCUCGGUUCUUCUCUGUACUAAGCGCCCCACACAGACCAGCCAUGCCUAAACGGAACACAGCAAAUUCAGGAGGCGACUCAGCACCCAAGAGGAGAUCUCUCAGGUUGAAAGAUAGACCCGCACCUCCAAAGGCAGAGGCCAAACCCAAGCCAAAGAAGGGACCUGCUAAGCCUAAGAAAGCUAAGGAGGUGGAGAAGGCCAAGCCUGAGGAGAAAGCGCCAGAGGCCCCUGCUGAGAAUGGCGAAGCCAAAGCUGAGGAGGAGGCACCCGCUACAGACGGAGCUGAACAAAAAGACGAGGCAGCAGAAUAACACAUCUCCAGCCACGUCUUGUACCAGUGCUCCCUGUACCUCUUUUCUUGUACAAUUCAGGGGAAUAUUUUUAUCAACUAUUUUCUAAAUACAGGUUUUUUAGUAGUUUGAUUGUAGAGAACACUUUUUUUUAAUGAAAGAAAAAAGUCAAUUUGGAGACGGGAAGUUCAUCACAUCCCACAAUUUUGCAUCGCCAUGAAAUUUGCGGUCAUUGUCGUUACUGUCAGUGGAUUUAAUUUCAGUUUUAAAUGUGAAGGAGGGGAGGGUUUGGGACAGGUUACUGUGUCAACACGCAAGCAUGACGUUCACAGGAGCUGGGAAACAACCGCUUGUUUGCCUGCGUGGAUUACAUUCCAUAUGCUUUAUAAGGGACAGUGUGUGUAAUCUGGGGUGGGACGGACAAAGUCACCGGGCAACUCAUUGUUUUAUUGUUUAUAAUGAAAAACAGUGUUUUAGAAUGUUUGUAAGCUUUGUUCCUCUUUGUUAACUCUUGUACUCAUGCAGUUUUCUUAACAAAUCUGAUCAAUAAACCUAAAGUCCCUCGUACUGGAGCUCUCCCUUUCAGAACUGUGCAUCGCGUGUGUUGGUUGUGUCUCUGUUCUGUGAUAGCAUUGCAAUAAAUUUGUAUAGCUGCUGUGAAAAGGGUUUUCAAUCUUUCUAUAUGCAGUGUGUAAUGGUACAUUGUAAGGAUGGUAAAAAUGGAAUUUGUUUUGUUAGCCAAGCUAAUGAGGUAUGUAACCAUGAAAAACAAACUGUUGAGAGCGGCUUCCUAAAGGCCGACAGACAAACUGUACAUUUAUUUGAAAUGUCAAAUGCAUACCAGCAGUAGCAAUAUUCAUGUGGGUUUUAGGUAUCUGUAUCAAGUACAAGUGUGCAGUUUCUUUUUGUUUAUAGAUGUACCUGUGUAAUGAUUGUUAUCAACAAACCAAUAAAACUCCGUUGGUAGUU